UUUCUAAUUAGUUGCCGCCGCGAGAGCCACAGUUCGCAUUUUGACGGAACGCGAUGGCAACAACAAACCAAAGCUUCGCGGAGGAAGAAGGCAUGGCCGUGGACGACGGCCUUGGCUACCCGAAAGCAUACGCCAAGCUCUGUAGAACCCUAAGCGUGCUCAAUCCCUACGCGAACGGACCCCCUUUCGCCUUCCUUCCCUAUACAUUGAAACCCCAGGAGGCGUUGAGAGAAAAAGACUUGAAUCAGAUGUUUCCAGUCAUUGAUCCAGAGGCGCUUCCCUUUGUUAACCCUAGAGGCUUUGUCAAUCUACUUUGGAAGCAACUGGAUCAUCUCGGGAAUGCUGGAUUUGAUCCAUCAUUGUUUCGAGUUGAUCCAUAUGGUAAUGUUCUCUACCUGCAUGCAGAUUCGGCGUCUCCCCUAGCGUGGGAUAUCGAUCAUUGGUUCCCCUGUUCAAGAGGAGGAAGAACCGUUCCUAGCAACCUAAGGUUGCUUCAAUGGCAAGUUUGCAAAAGGAAGCACAACAAGCUGGAAUUCCUUAUUCCGUGGUGGGAUCUGCAGCUAGGCAUCUCUGUGAACCAGUUCCUGUCAAUUUUUGCUUCGAAGAACUCGGAUUUCAGGAGUAGAGCAUUAUCAUUUUUAUUCUAUGACGGAGGAAGUGAAGAGCUCAACACACAGCAGGCUGUGGAUGCUCACAGGUUUCCGCAACACUUUGUCAAUAUGGAGCGGGAAGUUGGACUGGGUCCUGCUGCCAUUGUUUCAUCUGUAAGAGGAACAGAUGCAUCAGUUCUGAGGCCCCUUGAUGCAAAUAGAUCUAUAAGACAGCAUUAUCCUCUUGUUGCUGCAAAAAAGAUCACUAAAGAAGAUCGUCCUCAUGGUGAAGCAACACAAAACUGUGAGAACUAUGAUAGAAACCCUUAUCUCUCCAUAGCAACAGCCAGAAAUUCACUGAGGCAGAGAGAAGACAUCAAGAAAAAGAAAGCUGAAAUACACAACUUGGAGGACGAGCUGAGUGAGCUUAAACAGAAGAAUGAAGAAGAUAGGAUUGCUCUUCAGGAACUGGAAGCUCUUCUCAUUAAACGAAGGCAAAGAGUUGAGAAAUGUAGGAGGUUGUCUGAGGCACAGUCUUCUUACAAGGUUUUGCUUGAGAAGAUGAUCCGGGAUGCCAUGCACCAGAGUGUUGUCUACAAGGAGCAGGUUAGGUUGAACAAGUCUGCAGCUAGUGCUCUUAUGGCAAGAUUGGAGGCACAGAGAGCAAUAUGUGAUUCUUCAGAGAAGGAGCUUCGUCGGAGAUUCAAACAAAGAGAUGAGAUUGAAAAGCAGAUAAGGCCUGCAUGGGAGCUAAGAAAAAGGUCACGCAUCGAUGAUGCCCUUCUUGAGGAAGGGCGUGAUGGCACAAGAGGGAGUGAUGCUGCUACUCACAAGGAACUGAGGAUAUUUCUGGAGGAAGAGCAAAAGGCUUCUGAAGUCGAUCAGUUUCCGAGAGGAGGUGAAGAAGAGACGGAGGAAUCUACUGCAACUGGCAGCAGUUCACAAGAUGAUGGAUUGUGCCGUGUUGAAUCACCACAAAUCAAACAUCUCAAGAAUUCAGCGCGUAGAAGAGAAAAAAUGAGCAGCAGAAACAAUGAACAAGAACAGGAUCCUCCUCUUCAGGUCAAUGACAAGCUUAAGCAAUUGGCAAUAAGUGAUCAAUUUUUCUGCAGUCGUGAAUCAAAGAAGCAAAGGGAAAGGGGAAAUCAUAAUAGAUGUUUUACAGAGCCUUCUGAGCUGAAACUGAAAACCCAAUGCAAAGAAGAGGAUGAAGAGUUCUACUGUCAAAUUGGCCAAAGAAAUGUAGAUAAGUGGCUUGAAGUCCUAUUAGAUGGUUCAGAGGGUUCACCCCAGAAGAAACCUGAGAAUCCUGACAAUAUCGCGGAGGACUCGAUGCAUCCUAGGAAAAUCAAAUUACUUAGGCCGAAACCAUUAGAAGUAAAAACCGAGGCUGUCAAAGCUCCAACCAUUAGUAGGAAGAGCUUUGAAGUGAAAGAUCCGAGGUCUGAGAGCUCUAGGGGCUUCAGAUCGUUGCCAUCAUCACCUUCGAUGAUACUAGGAAUGACAAGGAGGGUCGACUGCAUCCGGAGGAAGCCUCAGGUGCUUGAUGAUGAUGAUCAUGGAAACAAGAAUAUUGUGUCCACAAGUAACAACAAUUUCAUCAAGUCCUGCGCCAAAGUAAUCAAAAAAGCUGUGAACAUGUAAACUUGUUGCCUUCAUAGAUCUGUUAAUUAAGAUUUCAUUUGUAUCCGAAAAUGUGUUGUUAUUUUUAAACUAUUGAUUCUAAGCUUUUACUUUACUGUAUGUAUAACUGCUUGUUGUAUCAAAUGUGUUGGUUUCGACUGAGUAA